ACCACCUACUCCUGCGUCGGCGUCUUCCAGCACGGCAAGGUCGGUGCGAGUCACAAAUUCAUGUCCGGGGCGAAGGCCGAGGCCGCGAGUACUACGCACUGUAAAGUGAAGGACGGCUGGUGCCCCCGGGCUUCCCCCAUGCAUUACUUGACGGCGUGCUCCGCUCCCUGCAGGUGGAGAUCGUCGCCAACGACCAGGGCAACAGGACGACGCCGUCCUACGUGGCGUUCACCGACUCGGAGCGGCUCAUCGGGGACUCGGCCAAGAACCAGUGCGCCAUGAACCCCAGCAACACCAUCUUCGGUUCGUCGCCGAGCGGGGUGGCACCCAUUCAUGAUUCAGUUCGUUUCGAGUCCCCCGUCCUCGGUUCCCCGAGUGGCGGCGAUACUGUUUAUCAAGGGGUGACCUGUCCUGGCGGCCUGGCGGUCGGGGUCGGGGCCACGGCGUAGUUGGGGGCGUAGCGGCGUAGCGUGUGCGGCACAACAGCGAACAACGCCAUGUCCAUGAUUCCCUGACGAGGCCUCGAUUAAUUUCCAAUGGGGCGAUGUCCUCGUGUGAGGCACGGCAAGGCACGCCGCGCCGCGCCGCGCCACGAGCCAAGACAUUCAUACCGCGCGUCGCGGCGGCCACACCCUCGUGGCGUGCGCACUGUGCAGUACGCUCACACGCACCCAGGUGUCGACGCGUCGUCGUCGUCGUCCACCCCCAGCGCACACCGCACGCGAUCGUGGCGUUUGCUCUCUCCGCCGUCGAGUGCGUGGUGGUGGUGGUGACGGGGACGCACCCCUGCACGUGCGCAGCGCUCAGGGUCACGGCCAAGGCCGCUGCAAGGCCGCACCGCCGGCGGCACCCUUCACUGCGGCGUCAGCCUUGCAGUGGCCGACAGCCGCACCCGCGCCCUCCCUCACUUUUUGAUGAGGCGAUGAAUCCGUGUGCAGGCCGGCCCGCCGCUUCGUGCGGCCUACUCUGCUAGUCCAAGUCGAUACUCGCAGCGGUCGAUGAGACACACGUGCCGGACGUGCCGGAGUCGAGUACACUGCAGUAAAUAAAUAAGCUCGUUUCCGCCCCCGGUGUUUAAACAUGCAGACGCCAAGCGGCUGAUCGGGCGGCGCUUCGACGAGGCCGCCGUGCAGGACGACCUCAAGCUGUGGCCGUUCUCCGUGGUCAACGACGGCGGCAAGCCCAAGAUCAAGUACAGGUGCAGUACAAGGGCGACACGCGGCUGUUCGCGCCCGAGGAGGUGUCCUCCAUGGUGCUGACCAAGAUGAAGGAGACGGCGUCCAACUACCUGGGCCAGCCCGUGCAGGCCGCGGUGGUGACGGUGCCGGCCUACUUCAGCGACGCGCAGCGCCAGGCCACCAAGGACGCGGGCUGCAUCGCGGCGCUCAACGUGCUGCGCAUCCUCAACGAGCCCACGGCCGCCGCCAUCGCCUACGGCCUCGACCACAAGUUGGGCCCCGAGGAGAGGAACGUGCUCAUCUUCGACCUGGGCGGCGGCACCUUCGACGUGUCGGUGCUCACCAUCGCGGGGGGCAUCUUCGAGGUGAAGGCGACGUCGGGGCACACGCACCUCGGCGGCGAGGACUUCGACUCGCGCAUGGUGGAGCACUUCUGCAACGAGUUCCGGCGCAAGUACAAGAAGGACAUGUCGGGCAACAAGCGCGCCCUGCGCCGCCUGCGCACGGCCUGCGAGCGCGCCAAACGCACGCUGUCGUCCUCCACGCAGGCCACCAUCGAGGUCGACUCGCUGUUCGAGGGCAUUGACCUCUACACCACCAUCACGCGGGCGCGCUUCGAGGAGCUCAACGCCGACCUGUUCAAGGCCACCCUGGAGCCCGUGGAGGCGGCCCUGCGGGACGCAGGCAUCGACAAGACGAGCGUGCACGACGUGGUGCUGGUGGGCGGCUCCACGCGCAUCCCGCGCAUCCAGCGCAUGCUCAAGGACCUGUUCGGCGGCAAGGAGCUCAACCAGUCCAUCAACCCGGACGAGGCGGUCGCGUACGGCGCUGCCGUGCAGUGCGCCAUCCUGCAGGGCGACAAGAGCGAGGCCGUGCAGGACCUGCUGCUGCUCGACGUGACGCCGCUGUCGCUCGGCAUCGAGACGGCCGGCGGCGUCAUGUACCCCAUCAUCAAGAGGGGCACCACCGUGCCGACGCACCAGACGCAGGUCUUCAGCACGUACGCCGACAACCAGCCCAAGGUCCUGAUCCAGGUAAAGCGCCAGCCUGUUCCAAAGGGCGCGCGUCCAACGCCCCCGGCCCCAUUUAACUUUGCCCCCCUGGGAGGUCUACGAGGGGGAGCGGCCCAUGACGAAGGACAACAACCUCCUGGGCAAGUUCGAGCUGUCGCACAUCCCCGCCAUGGGGCGAGGCGUGCCGCAGAUCCAGGUCACCUUCGACGUGGACGCCAACGGCAUCCUCAGCGUCACCGCCGUGGAGAAGUCGUCCGGCAAGGAGAACAAGAUCACCAUCACCAACGACACGGGCAGGCUCUCCAAGCAGGACAUCGAGCGCAUGCUCAGGGAGUCGGAGAAGUUCCGUCAGCAGGACGACCAGCACCGCCAGAAGGUGGUGGCGAAGAACGCCCUGGAGGCCUUCUGCUUCACCGUGCGCGCCAUGCUGGACGAGAUCUCCGGGUGCGCGGACGUCGAGUUGAGCGUCAUCGCCGCGUCGUGCCACGAGACCAUCUCCUGGAUGGAGUCCACGAACGACCCGGACCCCAGCUUUCUGGCCAGCCGUCACCGGCAGCUGCAGAAGCUGUGCGAGCCCCUCUUCAAGCGCUUCGGCGAGGGUGGCGGCGGGGGCGCGCGGCCGUCAGGCUCGGGCUCGGACGACAAGGGCCCCACCAUCGAGGAGGUCGACUAGCUGCUGUUCUUGGCGGAUUCAAUGUGACUAAGCGGUGAGGAAAAAAGUGAAAAAAAAAAAAAUUGCAACAGUAUUUAGAGAGUCCGUUUAUUCAUCAAACAGUUCAAUGACAAAUGUGCUUUUCCCCACAAAGAUGUUGAAAUUGAAUAUACAAGUAGAGUUUUUGGUACAGUGUGUUAAUAAGCCUUGCAAACAACACACGAGAUAGUCUGUUCUGUAUGGAAACAGUAUGGAAAGUGACAUGUUGGCCUAAGAAGCUAGUGCAAUUUCAACAAAAUUCACAUAAAAAUACAAAAUAUUUAAAUUUGUCUUUUCUUCUUAAUUUGCAUUAAGGCGGUGUUAAUUAACUUGAAGUGGUCUUCAUCUAGCCUGGAUCCUGGGUCUAAUCUAACUACAGCAGCAAUUACACAUAAUAUUUUCGUUUUUAAAAUUCUUGAGCUUCAACAGUCGUUUUAUGGCACAUUUAUUUCUGACUAAGUUGAAUGACAGACAAAUAUGAGGGUACCAUACACAGUAUUCAAGAACACCGACAAGACCUUAUGCAAAUGAAUUUAUGACUUGCAUUCAAUCCAUGUUCUUGAAUAAUUUUAGAGGAGAUUUGUUUGAAAAACAACAAUUGAGAAAUGAGUUGGCUUGUGUUUUCAGGUCAUCAUCAUAGAUAAAUUUUUCAAAAUGCCUCAUGUAUCUGAUUGGUUAAAAACAAGUUAUCCUCAUGUAACAGUCCAUAUAUUCAGUGCAAAGCUGAACCACAAAAUCAGACUCCACACCACAACAAGAAACAAUGAAUGACAUACAUCAAGUAACAAUUUAGUGAGGAAAAUAGAGGCUCCAUUUUAAAUGGAUUACAACUUCAUGGCUAAUUGGACUACACCCCAAAGAAUUCCAACACUCUGGUCUACACCAUUUUCAGAUAUGCUUACAAAGGGAGAACAAGAAUCUAUGAUGCAACAAGGAUGAAUAACACCAACAUUUUCAAAAUACUGUUAACACUU